GGCAGGGCGGGCACCAGAAACCCUCUCGGCGAUAUUUUGGUGCCCUGGCGGAGGUGCCUUACAGUGCCACCUCCUUUGCCAUCGCCAUCGUUGCUAAACCCAAGUCUCUAGCCUCAGAGCGUCUCCCGCAAUUCCCUUUGAGGGCGAAGAAGAUGAAGUGAAGGUGGGCGGGUGUGUAAGCAUGGAGGCUGAUACGCCCACACAGGCCCACAGGGAGGCGAACCAGAUCAUCACGGCCACGCCCAUCACACCCCCCUCUCACCUGCACCUUCGCUGCUUUUAGGAAAAAAGGAUAAGAAUAAAUUACAUCUGGCUUCAGCUGGUCAAUAUAAAAUGUCUGACCCGCGCACCGUUCGCGGCGGGAAGGAGAGCGCGGAGCGAGUGGUCACGCCCCCUUUCCCCGCCCAGUUCUACCCGAUGCCAGGCUACCAGGGCCCCCCGUGGUUUCCAGGCCAGGGCCCCGCGGGCCCCCCUCCGCCAUGGGCCGCGUCGUGGAGCGCUCCCCCCAUGGGCUUCCCGGCGCCCCCCGCGGCCUGGUCGUCCCCGCAGAGCAUGAUGCCGUCCAGCACGACCAACACGACGGCCGCCAUGCCGUCCGACGAGUACACGGUGGACACCAUGCGGCGCAUCUACAACGACGACGACGGCCGCGUUGAGAUCCAGCGGGUCAAGGUGCAACGCCGCCCCCCCGACGCGGGCGCGCUCACGUACCCGAGCGGGCCCGAGGCCAUGAGCGUCGUGCCCGUCGGAAGCUUUCCCCUGAACGAGCGACGCCCUCCGCCCAGGAAGAAGAAGCAGCUGCAAGCUCUGCAGGCGGCGCAGGGACAGGGCUACCCCUGGUACCCCUAUAUGCCGUGCAUGCCGUACCCCGUGCCCUACCCCUACUACUACGGCGGGUGCAUGUGGACCCCCGGCGCGCCGACGGGCCACAUGGGCAGCGCCCCGGCGUGGUCGGGGCAGGACGAGAGCGAGAGGACGUCGUCGCGCCAGGACUCCCUGCCCACCACCCUGGACUCGCAGCGCCUCGAGUCCCGCACGUCCGAUCCCCUGAGGGGCUCCAUCUCCCCCGUGUCGCAGCGCUCGCCCUCGCCCGCCGCUGGCUCGCACGUCACGGACGCCCACAGCCUGGCGCCCUCGGACAGCGUGUCGAUGCGCGGCUACAAGCGGGAGUCGUCGCUGGAGCGCGCGCUCAUGUGUCCGACGCCGCCGCCGCGCACCAAGAGCAGGAGCUCCGAGAGGAAGUCGAGCGCCGACGUCGGGAAGAUGCAGGAGUGGAUGUUCGACAUGCACAAGGCCAUCCUGGCCUCCAACGACGGGGCCUCUGACGCCGACAAGUCCUCCUUCGCCACCGCGCCGACGGACGCGGAGCCCUACAAGAAGCUGCCGCCGAGGAGGAAGAACCGCGCGGCGAGGCUUGCCAACCUGAGCGAAAGGAGUUCCCUGAGCGACCAGAAGGAGAUGGACGACGCUCUCGAGAAGCGCAGCAUUACAUCAAUCGGGUCUGACGAUUCUCUCAAAUUGAGUUCAGAACUUACAUACGCCUUCAAGAAGUUAGAGCAGUCAGUUGACGCAUUCAAGACGAAGGUUUCGAGCGACUCCACCCCAAUCCACACCCCACAGCGGCUGCCCUCCCCGCCCCCCUUGCAUUCCAGCGGGGAAGAAACGCCCACAGAAGCCAUGGAAGACGCGGCGGUGUCUCUCGACGUCGCCGACACGGAAAAAAGCGUCACUCUGGCGAAGUCCGACGCCGCUUCGGACGACCCUUCUUCCCCUCCGCCGCUAGAAGCCAUCUCCCCGACAUUCUUCAACGAGGCGCAGACCCCACAGACGCCGAAGGAGGAAGGAGGAGAAGUCGUUGCCAAAGCGGAGGAGAUUCCUUCUUCCCAAACCACAUCAGACACGAGCAGUUCUCAAACUUCCGUGGCAACGACUUUACAAACCACGGACGUCAGCGCGACCCAUGCAAGCGAAGCCGGAGCAACGAAAAUAACACCAACAGCCUCAACUCCCGAAGCCAAGGAGUCACCCACAGCAUUGCCGCAGCCCACAGACGGAACACCAGUCUCCCCCUCCACAGAAAAGCCACCGGAGGAAACCCAAAACAUCCCCCAAACAACAGAAACUUCACCUACAGCCACAGCAACGGAGAAACAGGUCCCUGCAGCUAACAAGAUAGACUCCUCUCACCCUCCUCUUCCCUCGGAAAUCGAAGCCAAAGCGAAUGAAGAAGAGACAAGCGGUCGAGAAUCAAGAGCAAGCGAGAGCACUUUCUUCUCCAUCAGAGCUUCCGACGACCAGCUCCUCGUAGACACAGACUCCACAGACAUCUUGCUGCCAACGACAGAUGCCACCACCGCAGAUGAGGGCGAGGAGCACAUAGAUUCGGCGGUGGCGAGUCCUACGCUUGAGGACAACGAAGGAUACCAGUGGGUCCUGCAGCAGCCUGGGGAGACUCCGGAGCUCACUGGCGCCAAGGAAGACGAACAGAGGAAUGCGUGGCGCGCUGAAGUUAGCCUAUGGAGAGCUCGUCUCGUCGUGUCCUUGUGCCGAGGUCGAGGCCUAGACCGCCAGGACUGGUCCACUUUCCACCUCUUGGUCCGCCAUCCUCUCACACUCGACCUCAAGCUCUCCCUCCUGCACGCGCCUCGACUCUGCGCCGCCAACUCGACCGUCGGCGCGGCCCUCGUGAGGGUGGCACUCAUCCAUCUGGCACAGUAUGGCGAGGCUCUGUUGCAGCCCGAUUCCUCCAGGCAGACGGGCUGGAGGUCCAUCAAGGUCGAUCCCAACCAGUCGUGGGCUCCUGUCAAGGGCGCCAUAGAGAUCCUUCAGGCACUAGGAUACAAGCAACGAGAAGACGGCAUACUCCGCUAUCCUCGCCGUUCAAACACUGAGGUCUCGGUCCUGGCUCGGCUCACGCUCGACAUGCUCGUCUUGGCAGAGGAACUUCGCCUGUACUUGACCGGGAUGCACCAGUACCCGACCAACAUCUCUGACCUGUUCUUCUCGGCCACCAGUCCCAUUGCUCCUUCGCCAGACCCUAUGAUGCAGGACGUUCCUCAAAGACCACAGUCCUCUGCUAGCUCCUACAGCUUCCUAUCGGCUCAGUCCAGUGCGUCACUCGACAGAAGACCAGAGAGCAGAGCGUCCAUAUCAGAGGAAGAAACGGAGACUCUUCAGGAAUCCGUACAGCAUACCAAAGGCCCAGCCAAAAAGGCACGUCGGGAUUCUUCUUCUGAAGAGGAAGUGACCUUACGAGAAGAUACUAAGGAUGUGAGAGGAGACAGCACCGAAGCCAUGCAGGACGAACUUGCUGGUGAGAUGCCUACAGAAGAAGCUCCUUUACCUCCUGAAAUCUUGCGGAAAAAAGAGGAUAAACGAUCAGGUUCGGUGCUCGCCCUCCCUCUGAAUCCUAUAGACAGAUCAUCUCUGAGUACGAUGACAAGUAUGCCGGAUCUCCAGUCCCUCCGCUCCAGCACCAUCUCUCGAGACAGUCAACUUCGUCCUGAAAGCAACAACUCAGCUGCCCCACCUUCCACGCCAGCAGGAGAGGCAACAACAGGGAGUGACAACCCCGAGGAACACAUCUACGAAGAAAUCGAUGUGAUUCGCGCUCAGGUUCAAGCGCUAAGAUCUGCGAGUGUUCCGGCUCACACCCCGCCACCUCCUCUUCCUCCCAAGAAGAAGGUGAGUUCUGGCGGAGAAGAUGACUCCAAUCUGAGCGUCACUUACCCCAGCAUGGAGUGGACGUCUGCCUCCACCCCGGGCUCUCUGAGAGGUGGCUCAACAGGCGCCCGAAGGAAAAAGAGAAGAGCGCCAAUGCCUCCAGAUUUCAUGCCUCCUGACUGGAGACUUUAUCAAAACAAAAACGUCGAAAAUGCCAGCAGCACAACCCAAGAUCAGGCAUCACAAAGUCCUAAUGAAACGAGUGAGGAAGAAAGGAAGAGAAAGGAAGAAUACAGAAGAUCACUGAACCCAUUCUAUGAGGACAUCGAUUCUGUCUCCAUUUGUCAAGGAGGACGUUGCAAUAGCAGGAUACAUAGGAAAGAAUCCAUUUUAUGAAGAUGUCGAACCUUUGAAGAAAAACGUCAGCGAAGGAUCUGAGGAGAUUAAAAAGAAUAAAGAUUAUGAGCAGUUGCAAAAUACACGAAAGGGCGAAAAUGGGAAGAUAUGUGGUAUGGGAUCGCUGGCUGAACUACAGGAUGACUCUGUGCAGACAAGACCAAAACGGAAAGCGCCUCGCCCACCACCCACGCCAGAUCCAACUUCCAAUUCGGCAGGAGAGACCACAUCAAUCACUGCCUCGAGUUCUGAAAUUACUGAAGCAACCACCACAACCCAACAGCCAUCAUCUACCCCGCAGCCUCCCACUUCUUCACGGCCUCCUUCCGCUCUACAACGGCCACCAACCCCUCGCUCUUCUUCCAUUCCACGAACAGCCUCCACUCCCCAACCUUCAUCAACUGACCAGUCAACCUCGCAGCCUCCUUCAACCACCCAGCGCCCCCCAACUCCAAAACGAGCUUCAACUCCCCGAAGGUCCUCUACCCAAGACACUCCCAUCACUCCAGAGGCUCAGAAUCAAGGGGAGCAAACGAAAAGUGCCGAUGCAGAUGAAAGCAAGCCACCAAUCCCCGCCAAACUCCGAAAUGGAGAGAAGAGUAACGCCAGCACCCCCUUAGAGACGGCUAAGUCAACAGCAAAUGAGCCCCAAAUUAGUCCUCAACCACAGCAAGACGGCAAAGAACCAGAAACCCAAAAGGAAGAAGCGAGACAAGUUAUCUCGAAAGCCAUCAAGAACCAGCAACUGCGGAUACAGCUCCAGCACCCGAAGACUCCGCCUCCACCGCCACCGUCGGCUUCGAAACCAGCGCCUCCACCGUCUGACACUAAAUCAUCCGAAGAAAAGAAAGAGGAUGAAGCAACGACGCCUCCAAGAGCCUCACUGGCCUUUCUGGACGACAUUCCGUACAUGGAUGCAAACGAAGUCAAGGAUGCCAAGACGAAGACCUCAGACUCGAAGGACCAGCAGAGUUCUCAGUACGAGAUCCCAGAGCCCCCCGGGAAAGUCAUCGUGCCCGCCCAACUUUCCCCGACGGUCAUGAGGCAGACUGCCCUUCUGCUGCGAGGAUCACGCACGGUCCCUUUCAUCGACGAGUCCGACCUGCCUCCUGACUGCCCUCCCCCUCCUCCGCCAGGACCUCCGCCCGAUUCGCCACCGACGUCGCCUCCUGAAACGCCUCAUACAUCCCCCCCUGAGACCCCUCACACCUCCCCUCCCGAGACGCCCCAAGGAUCACCAGUCCCUUCCCGUGUUAACCUCUCUCUCCCCGCGUCAGCUACCACCACCCCUGGCGUAAAGAAAACAGAAACAGACAAAGUAACGGAGACCAGCCAGUCACAGAAGGCAGAGGACAAAGACCAGCCACCCGCACUGCCACCCAAAACAACUUUAACUUUGAGUACGUCACCGAAAACCAAAAUCACCGAACUCGGACAAACGACGGAGCAAACAAAGGCCUCGGAAGACAAACAAGCGAAAACGACGCAUCUCCAAGACUCGAACGAAAUGGACGAGCCAAAGAAAGAACGCGAACCAUUGUCCAGCCAGCCGUCGGUUCGAAGCUCAGUGUCCGAAGACCGGUAUGAGAUCCCAGACAUAUCGAAGCCGCCAGCCACGAGUCCGGACAGUAGCCAAUCCUCCAAGACCGAGUCAGGAGGCGACUCAGAGGGGACGACUCAGGCUGCGUCAAAGGGUCAGCCUGGCGAGUCUAACGAGCCUGCCUCGGUCUCUGACAAGCAAGAGGUUCCUGAAGCAACGAAGGAGAGCGUGGUCGAGGAGCGCUAUGAAAUUCCAGAGGUCGUGAAGGAGACUGCGAUUAACGGUGGAGCCAGCAGUGUGCCCCGGUCGUUCCUGGGCCCCGCCGUGUCCUCCGGCCGCGGCAACCUGGAGGCGGUGUUCGGGAAAUCCUGCUCCCUGGACUCGUCGGGGCAGCCGAAGCUCCCCUCGAAGGGCGGGAGCCUCGUGGCCCGGCCUGGCUCGACGACCUCCUCCUUCAGCACGACCUCGGGGACGACUUCGGGAUCGACCGCGCCCACGCCCUCCUCGAUGCCCGCCACGCCUAGGCCUGUCAAGGGGGACAAGGCCAAGGCCGCCAGGAAGUCGUGGCCAUUCCUCCUGUGCGACUGCCUCUACGCCAACUGCCGGACGUACGACAGCGCCAAGUGAUAAGCGAGUUGCAGUGAAGGAGCUGAAUAAUAAGACAGAAACUUCCUUGCACUGGGUACGGCUUAGUGACUUAAGAAACAGAAUCUUUCUCGCAGUGGACACCACUCGGGUACGACAGAAUCAUCCUGGCAACAGACACGACGCAACUGAUUAUAAAAAAAACAUAAUCUUCUUUAUACUGGGUACGACUCAAUUAUAAAAAACAGGAUGUCGCCUGCAGCAAACACGACAGAAUUGAUAACAAAACAGAAUGUUCGUUGCAUUGGGUACGACUCAAUGCCCUAGGAGGCCGGCCCGUGAAAAGGUCCAUUUCUUUAACUCGUGGUAAUGACUUUCAUCGCAGUGUUCCGUUCGGCUACUCGAUCAAGCAUUUUGAAAUUCACCGAUACAUCAAACACAUGGACAAUAUGGUGCUGUGAAAUUACGUACUGUGAUGUUUACACGUGAGUGAAUGUUGAGAAACGCACAUGUAUGUAUUAUGCAUUUUCUCUUUGAUUUUAAAAGGUCUUGUUUCCUUUAUAUGACGUUACUUGCUUGAUGUUAUUAUUCAUUGUUCGUGGCUGGACAGCAAUCUGCCUAUACAAUGUAAUUAGUCUGCCAUUAUUAUUUUUUCUUGUGCUCCUUGUGUGCCAAUAAACAAGUACGCCUUUU